GUUUCAGUGCUGGUAAUGUUUUCCUUUCACUUGCUAGAUUUAGCAAGAAUCUUUCGAAUGGCAGUCAUCUACAAUUAAAAAUCCCUUCAAUACUCAUCCACACCAUUUGCACGAUUACGUCCAUUUGGUGGAAUGAUAAUGUAUAUAAUGGGAUAAUAUGAGACACAUCAACGAGAGAACAUGGUUUAAAGAACUGCAGUUGCUUGUCAAGAAUAAUAAUGCAUGCACAUAAUAAAUCAAUAUUUACAGUAUAUAGUAUACCAUCUUACAUUUUAUAACUCAUUAUAACACUUACUUUGUAUUUGCCAUUGAAAGAACAAAAGUUCACGACAGAAACAAAAUCUCACGAUGAUGCUUUUGUGAGGUGACAAAAGCAAAUAAGGGGAUACCUUGGCUUGGAGGGUCAGAACGAAAAGACUAAACUUACCCAGAAACUUAUUACCAUUGCAUUUUUCAUUUGAUCUAUUGUUGUAUAAAUUAAUUGAUACUAUAUUUUGAUAUAAAAAAUUCUUAUCGUUACCCUAUUUUAAAUAGAAUUGCGGAACGCAUUUCCGUUUGCCUAUUUAAUUGAUCUUUUCAUGAGCAUAUCCGUUUUCAAUUUUAACUGCAUGACUUAUUAAAGUAGUUUAGUCAGCCCUGUCAAAUUGGUAGAUUGAUGUUUGGUAUUACCUUCAAGAUAACGCGAUCAAAAGUCUUGUGGAGGGGUUGCGUAAAGUUUUUAACAUUAAACGAUUGAUUUAGAAUUCAGUCGAAGCAUUCGUUUGAUCAGACAUGGGUGGCCACGUGGUUAAUGUUAAACAGGGAUGGCUCCGUGGCAAAACGGUGAAAAGUGCUGUAGAAGGGACCUACAUCGCUUUCAAAGGCAUUCCAUUCGCGGCUCCACCAGUAGGAAAUUUGAGGUUUGCGGACCCUCAGCCCCCGAUACCAUGGACCGGUGUGCGAGAUGCUUCAGAAGAGGGGUCAAAAUGUAUCCAAAUUAACUCGAAGACAUCACCAUUCGCUGGUGACGAAGACUGUCUUUACUUGAACGUGGCAACCACAUCGUUGGUAGGUUCGCGGCCGGUGAUGGUUUUCAUUCAUGGUGGAGCUUUCAUCCUUGGUGACGCGGGUGAUAUGUUGUAUGGCCCAGAUUACCUGGUAACCGGAGAAAUUGUAUUGGUAUCUAUACAAUACAGACUUGGUGUCUUCGGAUUUCUGAAUCUCGAUCAUGAGGCAGUGCCUGGAAAUAUGGGACUGAAAGAUCAAGUGGCGGCAUUAAAAUGGGUGAAGGAAAACAUUGCCAAAUUUGGUGGCGAUCCAAACAACGUAACCAUCUUCGGAGAAAGUGCUGGUAGUGUCUCUGUGCAUUGUCAGCUUUUAUCACCACUUUCCAAAGGUCUUUUUCACAAGGCUAUUAUGCAGAGUGGCGUGGCAUUGAAUCCCUGGGUAUCGACUUCCGUGUCGGUUGAGAAGGCUCAUCGUCUCGCUGCUAAUCUUGGCAAAGAAACCACUGACCCAAACGAAAUCGUCGAGUAUUUGCGCACGAUUCCAGCCAUUCAACUGAUAGAAGCUGAACAGCAAGUUCAGACUCCAGAGGAGAGGAUUCGCUUUUUAUUUCCAUUUCGGCCAAGUGUCGACAGUAAAAGCCAACAACCAUUCAUGCCAGAACGACCUCAAGAACUUGCCAAAAAUGGCUUCGAUGUGCCCGUGAUCAUUGGAUACACCACUCACGAGGGGAGUUUUUUUCUAUUGGGACUCACAACACUGGAUCUUCCAUUUCUUGAUAAAAAUUUCGAAGUUGCGGUAACUGACGAUUUAGUCGAGGAAAAUCCGUCAAAACUAUCCGAGGUGGCAAAGGAAAUAAGAAAGUUCUACUUUAAUGAUAAACGAAUAACCGAAGAGGUGAUUGACGAGUACAUCCAGUGUUAUGGUGAUAUAUACUUUGUCAACGGUGUACACAAGGUGGUUGAAUAUCAACAGAAGAAAAGAAGUCCGACCUACUUGUAUAGGUUUUCUUAUGACAGCCCCACUUCCAUGAGAAAGUUGGCUUACGGGCCGUCAAGGAAAGGUGCUGGUCACGGUGAUGACCUAAUGUGUCUAUUUCACCCAACGGUAUUCGCCAAAAGACUAGAAACUGAACGUACUUCAGUUGCAAAAACCGUAUCGGAUAGGAUGGUCAGAAUGUGGACGGACUUUGCAAAAACUGGAAAUCCAACACCUCAGAUCAGUGAUUUGAUAAACGUUAAAUGGGAGCCGGUGACCUCAACAGCGAAAAAUUACAUAGAUAUUGGUGCAGAGAUCUCGGCUGGAGUGAAUCCAAACGAAGAGGUGCAGCACUUCUUCCGACACAUCUCUGAGAUCGUAAGGAGUUCAGAGGUCUUUCGUACUCGAGAAAUCGCUUUGUUGACGCCUAAACAAUGUGAAGAACUCAUAAAAAAACACAUCAGAAAUUUGGAGGCCGGUUGUGUGCAGAGGAUUUGGUGGGUUGGCCCACAUACAAGAUUGUCGCAAGAUACUGUCGAGUUGUUUGAGAACGUCGAAGUUGAGUCAAACAAAAGUAUCGUGGACGGUUUAAGUAAACUACGGAUUUCAGUUCGGUCAGUGAUCGAGUCAGACAUGGCUGGCCACGUAGUUAACGUUAAACAAGGAUGGUUACGUGGUACAACGAUGAGCAGUAUCGUUGGAGGAUCCUACAUCGUAUUCAAAGGCAUUCCAUUCGCUGCUCCUCCAGUAGGGAAUUUGAGAUUUGCGGAUCCUCACCCUCCGGAACCAUGGACCGGUGUGCGAGACGCUAUUCAAGAGAGGUCAAAAUGUAUCCAAAUCGACGGAGUGACGUCGACGGUUGAUGGCGAUGAAGACUGUCUUUACCUGAACGUGACAACCACAUCGUUAAAAGGAUCGCGACCAGUGAUGGUUUGGAUACAUGGGGGAGGUUUCAUGGUCGGUGACGGAAGUCUUGACUCGUACGGUCCAGAUUACCUAAUGAAGACAGACAUUGUAUUGGUAUCCAUACAAUACAGACUUGGUGUAUUUGGGUUCCUGCAACUCGAUCAUGAGGUGGUGCCUGGAAAUGCCGGUCUGAAAGAUCAAGUGGCCGCUUUGAAGUGGGUCAAGGACAACAUUGCCCAAUUUGGUGGCGACCCAAACAAUAUAACCAUCUUUGGAGAAAGUGCGGGUAGUGCAUCAGUGCAUUUUCACCUUUUGUCACCACUCUCUAAGGGUCUUUUUCACAAGGCCAUUAUGCAGAGUGGCGUGACACUGAAUCCUUGGAUAGAUUGUACUACGUCACUGGGUCCUGCUCACCUCCUUACUGCCACUCUAGGUAGAGAAACCACUGAUCCUCGCGAGAUCGUUGAGCAUUUGCGUAAGGUUCCAGCUGAAAAGCUUCUCUUUGCUCAAGGAGAAGCAUGCACCCCAGAGGACAAGUUUCAUUUCUUAGUCUCAUUUCGGCCGUGUGUCGAUGACAAAAGUCAGCAACCAUUUAUGCCAAAACUCCCGCAAGAUCUUGUCGAGAACAGUGUCGACGUUCCUGUGAUCAUUGGAUACAAUACUCACGAGGGAAUUCUUUCCCUGAUGGAAACUACAGAAAAAUCUCCACUUGAAUUACUUCAGGAUGAUUUUGAGAUUGCUGUGAGUCAGGAUUUGAUCGCAAAAGAUCCGUCGAAAAUAUCCGAGGUAGCAAAGGAAAUACGAGAUUUCUACUUCAAAGAUAAAGAAAUAACCAAAGAGAUGAUCAACGAGUAUGUUCAAUAUUACGGUGACGUACACUUCGUCAACGGGAUCCUCAAAGUAGUUGAAUAUCAUCAACGGAGAAAAGGUCCAACCUACCUCUACAGGUUUUCUUACGACAGUCCUAAAUCCUUAGUAAAAAUAGAAGGAGUCGAAGGUGCAGCUCACACCGAUGAUAUUCCGUACAUAUUUUACUCAGCACGGUUCUCCGAACGUUUAAAAUUGGAACCAAAUUCAGUCGAGCAAACCAUUUCCGACAGAAUGGUCAGAAUGUGGACAGACUUCGCAAAAACUGGAAAUCCGACACCACAAAUCGACGAUUUGAUAACUGUUAAAUGGGACCCAGUUACGCGGACAGAUAAAAAUUAUCUACAAAUUGGCGCGGAGCUUUCUGCUGGGGUAAACCCGAAUCCAGAAGUACAGGAGCUCUUCCAACGCAUCUCCUAUAUUGUCAAUAGGCAAUAAUCAAGUCAAAACUAAGAAUGACUUCGAAUCGUUCCAUCAUGGAUAGGCAUGGCAUAGAAGUCCAUCAAUGGAUUAAAUUUUACUUGGAUUAUGUUACGAUCAUUAAACGGAUUUUGAAUAUUGAAAUACUGUAUAUACUUGCGUUCAUGCAAAAUUAAUUAAAUGUAACUCGUAUUGACUAACAAUCGAAUUAAUGUUUUUUUAUCUUAUAUUGUAUGCCUGUUUUAUAAGGAGCU